GUUGACCGUCUGAGUAUAUUUGAGCCGGUAUAUCCAAUUCUGACCCUGUGUAAAAUAGAGAAAAUCCACAAUAAAUUCAAAAUUGCGCACCGACAAUCAUUGGAGAUGUAUGUUAUCCGGUUAAACGAACCAUUAAAUCACGAAAGACACAAAAUGAAGAUCAGUGUAGAAGUACAUUUCCAUUCUGUUUUUGUGUUUCUAUGGUCAGUGACCUGUUGGGGAAAGAUGUCCAUGCAAGGAAGAAAUACCCAGCUGAUAGGCGGAUCCACUCUGGAGAGCAUCGAGGUCAUACGGAACCAAUCCAAGCUCUUCAGAGGAGAAUGCGCAAGGCUGAUAGAGGAAAGCAGCAAAGCCUGCAAGCGCCUGCAGGUUGAUGACAACGAGAGACUGGACCAUCGAGUCAGAGACAUACAGUUUGUGAAGAAGGAACUCGAGCUGAAGUUGGAGGAGAAUAUUUCGGAAACGGACGGGCUUAUUGCGUUGCAGGACCGAGUGACGAAAGCCGUCGAGACCUGCAAGGGGCCUCUUCGAGUCACCGUUCUUUGUAUGGAUGAGAGAAAUAAACGCCACCCCUCUGAGAAGCUGCAUGAUGAGGUCAGCAAAGAGCUGGUGAAGGAGGGGGAGCUCACCAAGGGAGUCAUGUCCCUCCUGCAGCGUGUCGUCAAGCAGAUCACUGAGCAGAUACGAUUGAAUCAAACUGCCAAGUUUGACCUUGAACAGGAUCUGAAGGAGAAAUAUGAGGCUCACCACUUAGAUACUUCCUGUGCCACAAUGACACCACACUCCCUCAACAACACCCAAAUGUUAAACCCCACGACUGUUCCCCCCAGUUCACCCUUGACCCUUGUGGAGUGGGAGAGAAGCUCAGACUUCAACAUAGCUAAGGCGGAGCAGCAGAAGACCAACUCCGUGGCUCUGAGGGCCCUUGUGGAGUCUCUGCUGGCCCAGACAGCCGCUGACAUGCAGAAACAGUUCCAGGCGACAUCAACAGCCUUGCAGCAGAAUGUCCAGCAAAUCAAGAGUGCCAAAAGCCAGAUGGAGGAACAGCUCACUAAGGUUUUGUCGGAGUUUGCCAGCCAGCAGAAAAUCCGAGAUGAUCUCCAAGUGGCCAUCACAGAGAACGAGCAUUUUCUCAGCUUGGCUCAGGCGAGGCUGGAGUUGCGUAAGCAAAGGCCUGCCAAAGAGCGUUGUCACGAUCCAGCUCAAUCCCAGCUCCUCGCUGAGGUCGGCCAGCUUACGAAUCAAAUCAGCAAGUUGCAUGAGACGGUGGCCGAGUCAGAGGAGCAGCAGAGGGCGCUGGUUCGCUGCCAGCUGGAACUGCAACAAAACAUUGAGGUGAAGGCCAACCUUCUCUAUGUUGACGAGGUCAUCUGCAAUCAGCACAGGGCACCCACUGUCAUCCAUAACUUCUAAGCAUCUUGGACUGUUUGGGAAACACACGUACUUUUGGAAUCAAAUGUACUUUUAAGCAUUUACUUACAUUAAUUUGUACUGCAGCUAUCUAGUGCAAGUCUACCAUAUUUGUCUUCAUUAAUAGCUUCAUCAUACUUUUAUCUGUCACAUUUUUAGCUUUUUAGCUCAGGCCAAGUUACAUUCCUACAGUGGAACCUGUUUACAUCAAUUUCGCUUAUGUCCACAAACCGUCUAUGCCGACUAACUCAUCAGGUCUUGGUCCACUGUGUCCUUAUUACCGAAAAGUGGCCACUUAAGUCAACGUCGACAUACAGUAAUCCUUUGCCACUUUGAAUUUUAAAUCGUCACUCUCACGGUUCUCUGAAAAUAUCUUCAUUAAUGAAUCAUUCUGUUUUGUGGUUGAAUAAGGCCUACUAUUAGUUUAAAAAAUGUGCAUAUUUAAGCAAUUCGGAUGUGUUAUUUGCCUAAAUGAAGCAUUUUCAAACAAAAAUGCCUAAAUGAACUAAAAUACAAAUAAAAUAUAAGGUAUAGAAAAGACGCAUUCAAAGACAUUGUGGUGAUAUGUUGAAUUCUACAUUGGCCACGCAGUGUCAGUGAUGUUACUGGAAUGUUUGUAUUAAGGGUGAACUAUUCCUCGAGCAAUUUGAGUACCUCGAUUACAAAAAAUAAAGGAUAUAUUUAUA